AUGACACACCAUGCAGACCCAGUUCACUGCCAAGUUGUUUCAGUGCUAGAGUUCCUGCAAGAAAAACUGUCCUCAGAGCAGGAACGAGAUGCUGCGCCUCAAAGCUGCACUGUAGGCGUGCCUGGACAUCCCUUCAGACAAAGGUAUAACCUGAAGGAUCACACGCGUGCGGUCAGUCCCAUCAUUGAUGUGAUCAGUCUGGAUAAUUUUGCCUACCUGGCCGCUUCUGCAGACCUGAGAGGAGUUGACGAAGAUUUUAUGAAUAGUGGCAAGGCAUUCCAGAGCUUAGGAGCCGCAACUGAAAAGCAUGUCCAUACCAACCGCUGUUGUUGCAGGACUCCUGUAAUUGCUGGAGGGAUCUUUGUCAUGGAUAAAGGCUGGUUUAAUCACCUGGGCCAGUAUGACACUCACAUGGAUAUCUGGGGUGGUGAGAACUUUGAGCUGUCGUUCAGAGUGUGGAUGUGUGGCGGCAGUCUUGAGAUCCUGCCCUGCAGUCGCGUGGGCCACGUCUUCCGGAAACGCCAUCCUUAUGACUUCCCAGAGGGCAACGCACUCACCUACAUCAAGAACACGCGGAGAGCUGCUGAGGUCUGGAUGGAUGAGUAUAAACAGUAUUACUACACCGCAAGACCAUCAGCGCAGGGCAAGGCCUUCGGGAGUAUUGCAGAUCGGCUUGCAUUAAGACAGAAGUUGAACUGUAACUCUUUCCGCUGGUAUCUUGAGAAUGUGUAUCCUGAACUCAAAAUCCCAGAGCAGGAAGCGGUGUACAGUCUCCUGAAGCAGGGUGGCUUGUGUCUGGAGAGUCACGGCACAGACAGUCUGGUUUUGGCUGAGUGUAAGACCACACCGAACAUCCCUGCCUCACAGAAGUGGACCCUGAUUGAACCACAGAUCCGUCAGCAUGACCUAUGUCUGGCCAUCACAGCUUUCACUGCAGGGUCAAAGGUCAGACUGGAGCCCUGCAACAUCAAAGAGUCCAGACAGAAAUGGAAGGCCAGAGGUCCAGCGCUGCAGCACAUGAUCAGCGGCUUGUGUCUGGAUAGCCAGCCUCCUUCAGGCCCGCCACUCGCCGCACAGUGCCGCCCCCAGGUGGCCAGCCAAUCCUGGGAGCCGCAGCUGGUCACCUGACUCUGAGAGCUGAUGGGGAAGGCGGGGAAAGGGGAGGAGUUUAGUCAGGUCGCUGAGCUCCAGGUGCUGUAGGAGCCAGAGGAAAACAUUUGCACACUGUUUUAGUUGAAGGUGCUGCUCUCAAACCAAUCGGACAUGUCCAAAACAUCUGACCUCAUUUCUUUAGCAUGGAAUAGCUGGAGAGGGAGAAGCAACAUUUCGCCUGCCGAAUCGAAACACCUUUUCGGCCAUGUCCAUGAAGUUCACACGGCAUGGUUUUGUCAGUUGACAGGAGUGCUUUGGGAUGUCUUGGGUUAUCUAUCUGAAUGUUGUGUAAAGGACUCGAGAAAAAACCGAUGUGUAUAUAAAUGCCUUUAUCUAGCUUUCAGACCCAUAACCUGUAUAUACCCUCAUUCCCACUGAGACUGUGGUGUUUGCAGCAUAGGCUUCAGUAGCUGUUCUCGCGAAGGUCUGAGUUGUUUUACUUCUAUCACUGUGGAAGGUUUACGGUUGAUUUGUUCAGUAUUAAAUUGGGAUGAAGUGCAGUGCCUUGAGAUGAAUCUGCAUAUACAGUGCAAGCGGUCGGCUUUAAAGGGGUCAUAGGAUGCUGCAUGCACUUUUACAAGUUGUUUGAACUG